UACCUGCAAGUUGUAUUUUUAUGUGUAUUUUAUAGUAAAAAAUAAUUGUUGAUAUGUGAAAGGCAAAAGUUUAUAAAAUAUUACAAGUUUUUAUUUGAUUUCGCAGAUUGGAGGAAACUUAUUUUGCUUUUGUACCGUUUUCGGAAUGUAGAGAGGUGAAGUAUGGUCUAAUAAUAGCAAGAAAUGCGGACGUUUGUGUUUUAAAAUACGUGACCUGGGACAAGCUGUCUAAAUGUUUGUGUUUUAAAAAUAACACGCAAGAAAAAACUUAUAACCUUUUUGCAAAUUUAAAAUUAGACUACCGAAUUUAAAAUGCGUUCCUUAUGUACUUUCUAUCAAGAGAAAAUCUAUUUUAUAAUUUAUUCGUUUUUAUUUUUAAGUAGCUUUGUGAGAAUGAUGAGCGUUUCUAAUGAUCGAAUUACGACCCGUUGCGAAUUUUAUAAUCAGACCAUGUGUAACGAAGCAAAUGGUGAUGGAGGGAGGAGUUGUACAAGAGAGGAAGAAUGCGAAGCUCAAGGUGAUGGUAAACGUAGUCACUGUUACGUUGUAUGGAAAGGGGAUGAGAAUGGGAACCUAAAUCUUACAUUGAAGGGAUGUUUCUUGAAUAACGAAGAUUGCUAUAAUAAAACGGCAUGCGUAGAAAGAGCGCAAAAACCAAAGAACAGCUAUUUGUUUUGCUGUUGUGAAGGAAACAUGUGCAACCAAAAUUUCACUUGGGAACCAGCACCCACAGAACCAACCCCUGUUAAAGCGGUAAACCCAGUUUCAAAUCAGAUGGAUAAUAUUUAUCUGCCAAUAGGGAUAGUUAUGAUUGCAGUUCUCUUGGGGGUUAUUGGCGGUUUUGUAGUUUAUUGGCUUUAUAGAAGACACAAACAUGUUUUUAAUGAGUGGGGUCUGCCAAGUAUGGAACCUCAUCCUCGUCCCCCACCUUCUCCAUACCUCGAUUUAAGACCUAUACAGUUGGUGGAAAUAAAGGCACGAGGUAGAUUUGGUGCUGUUUGGAAGGCGUAUCACAAGACAGAAGAGGUCGCAGUGAAGGUGUUUCCCAUACAGGAUAAACAAUCUUGGUUAUCGGAGCAGGAAAUUUACAAGCUGCCGUAUAUGGAUCAUCCAAAUAUACUUCAGUUCAUCGGUGUCGAGAAACGAGGCGAUAAUCUUCAGGCGGAAUUUUGGUUGAUCACGGAAUAUCACGAGAGAGGUUCUUUGUGCGAUUUUUUAAAAGCCCAUACUCUUACAUGGUUGGAACUUUGUCGAAUUGCAGAGAGCAUGACUAUGGGUUUAAUGCAUCUGCAUGAGGAUGUUCAGGGAAAACUGUCGGACCAGCUGGUAAAACCAGCAAUUGCACAUCGGGAUUUUAAAAGUAAAAAUGUACUACUCAAAAAUGACAUGACCGCUUGUAUAGCCGAUUUUGGCCUAGCUUUGAUAUUCUAUUCGGGAAAAUCCUGUGGUGAUACUCAUGGUCAAGUUGGCACGAGAAGAUAUAUGGCACCUGAAGUACUGGAAGGAGCUAUUAAUUUUACAUCAGACGCCUUUCUACGAAUUGACAUGUACGCAUGUGGAUUAGUUUUAUGGGAACUUGUCUCAAGGUGUACUGCGCAAGAUAGUCCUAUAUCCGAAUAUAGAUUACCGUUUGAGGAGGAGGUGGGACAGCAUCCUACACUGGAAGAUAUGCAAGAAUCAGUUGUUCAACGCAAAGUACGACCUACUAUUCAACAAAAUUGGCGAAAUCAUCCGGGAUUGGCCGGCAUUUGCGAUACAAUGGAGGAAUGUUGGGAUCACGACGCAGAAGCUAGAUUAUCGGCGUCGUGCGUUAUGGAACGAGUUAUCAUGCUGAGACGAUAUCAAAACACAUCUACGGCGAUGCGUAUAGAGAAUGACAGUCCGUUGAAAGAGAAUAAUAUGUAGAGAUUUUAUUUCAGUUGCACGAAAGUCUUGUAUCUACAAUGGCCUGCAGCGCAAUGGCAGCAUUGUGUCUUAACCACACUUGUCUACUACAUAGAAAUGACCACAAUGUAUUGUUAAUUUAAUUGAAACUAGUAUUGUGUUCAUAAAACAUAUGAUGCCAAAAUGACUUCUAGACUAUAAUGUGGGACGUAGUUGUGCAUAGGAAUUAUUAUUACCGACGUGCCAAACAAUAGAACUGAUUUUUUUUAUAGAUAUCUUAAUGGAAUAUCGUUUACCUGGAUCAUUUUUCUCUGUUUUGCCUGUGGUGGUUGGGACGCUUUUGUAAUAUAUAACUUGCAGAUUAAUUACGUUUGUUAUGAAGGAUACAACACUAAUAUAUUGCGUUAAAUUGGCGUUUCCAAGUAGGUUUUAUGUAUUUUAUUAUUGAUCAUAAAGGGUACUUUACACUUUGCCGACAGUUCUGCACAGUUCAAAAAUAAGGCAAGUGUGUAUAGUAUCUCAGUUGUCUUUGUUAUUAUGGUUUGACUAGUUGCUCAAGUUUUUUUUUAAUAUUGUGGAAUACCAUAGAGCAGAGAAUCUGUUUAGUGUUUGCUCGUUUGCUUGAUUGUGGUCCAAGAGAGCGCUUUGAAUUAACUUAAGUAAGCGGAAUAAGCAGCUACUGUAUUGAAGUGAAAUUAAUUAAUGAGUUUGACUAUUAUUGGAAUUGGUUGACUUAUUGCACACUCUCCAGUUUAGGUCAUUACUGGUUCAUUUUUAGUCGCUCGCUCCCUACAGAUUGAUCACAUGGAAACUGUUUCCUGUAGUUUUAUAACCACAACUGACAAGUCAUACGCUUUCUAAUGAACAGUGCAGAUUUUUAGUAAGAGGCAAACAAAUGACUGUACAAACCAUAUCACAUGGAAAUAAAAAAUAUUAUUGUUGUAUCUUUGAAAAUUGAUCUAAAUAAAUAAUUUUAAUAAGAACGUAAGAUUAAUAGUGUAAUGUACAGUGUAUAUCGGAAAUCUUUUUUACAACAUAGAAAAAUAUUCUUUUACAAUAUUGUGCCAUAGUUAAAUAUAUCGUAAGUAGGAGUUUAAAACAGAAACUAGACAAAUUAAAUGAACUUGUUACAGUCCUACAAAAUUGUAAUUCAUAGUUAAAUAUUUCAAAAUGUAAGAAAAGUUGAAGAUGAUGAUUUGAUCCAUCAGUUCAGACGUUAUUAAUAUGGAACUUCUAUGGUUUUUAAAGUUAAUUAAAACAAUCUAAAUACAUAGUUCGCAAUGUUCGUAUUUCAAUUACUUCUUUUGGUGAUUCAGCACUUACCGGUUAUCAAAUGCAGAAAUCUUAAACUAAUAUUUAUUCUGAUUAGUAUUGUAUUAUUAUCAUUAGAUUAUGGCAAACAUUGAAAUAGGCAAGAUUAUUGUAAAA